CAGGCUUUCCAUAUUUUCUGGGGAACGUCAUACGGGGAUUUCUGGCCUACGUCACAUGAUAAAAUAUUUAAGUUAUUAGCCAAGCAGCGACCCCCGAUAUCGCUCUCAGUUGUUGAGGAGACUGACAAUUAAUGAUGGAAGGAAAACAAAAAUUAACUCAUUAACUGCACGAAAACAAAUAUUGACCGUGUUUUUUGCAAACAUAGGAAACAUAUUUAGUCUGUGCAGUGAUGUUUUUUCAGCAUUUGGAGGAUAAAAAAAUCAAAUCUCGAAAUUUUAUCUAAAGUGAAUUUUGGAGACGUACUGGUAUAACACAAAGAAAUGUUGUUAGUGAAUAUCAUUAAAGCGACUUUGGUUCGUCUUGUGUUGCUCGUGCAUAGUGUUUUAGCCAUAUGGAGAGCUGUAAGCAUAGCAAGCAACAUGUGGCUGCUGUUGCUAGCUGUUGCCGAUGUUGCUUUUAUCACAGAAGCCUUGGUGACCAUCAUCAAACGUAAAGGAAUGGAAUAUAAAUGGUUUUGUCCCUGCUUCUUUUUCUACCUUGGGGGCACCUUGCCGUCAAUUUGGCUUCUAGAGUUGGACAGACGAGAGCGUUACGUCUCUGUCAAGGAGGGCGUAUACAACGUCACAGCCACCGACUCACUGGCAGAGAUUUAUCCGGGGGUUUCAAUACCCAUUUCGUUACCCGCUGACACUUGGGUAUUGUUAAUCGAGCAGUUCUUACUGUAUUUUAUGAUAGUUGGGAGAUGGCUUUUGCCGCGCGGAACCAUUUCACGAAACGAGCUCUCCCAGCUUCUGUUUGUUUUCAUCGGAAUAGCUUCAGACAUCACAGAGUUUUUCACCUUAUUUGACGAGGAUGUUGUUCGUAAAAACCUUGAGUUGACCUAUGCCAUCUUGAUUAUCUGGACUGUCAGCUUGUUGCAGUUUUGUUUUGUGUUAACUGCGACGAGAAAUUCAAACAAGCCCCGAGUCGCUCUCAUUAAUUCUGACAUAGAAUCGCCAGAAAGCAUCCAAACACAAAGAAGAAAAGGUGGUUGCGAAAAAUGUGUUUCUAGUGAAGUAUGGAGCACAAUGGUGACGAUGUGUAUGCAAGAUGGCCCGUUCCUGGCCAUUCGAUUGUACGUCAUCAUCACUUAUCAUCUUGUCAACUAUGCAAUUAUAUUCUUUACUGCAAAAAACGCUUUGGUGAUGUUACUUUUGCUUUACCGUUUGGUUGUCAUCUGUAGUCAGAAAAAUCCGGAAAACGUCCCAUCCAGUUUUGACUUGAGUUUUAGUGUGACGGAUCCGACUCCUCUUUCUGACUAUAAUAUGACGUCAUCACAUGUUUCAUCGGAUGCUUUGCAGUCUGAUCAUGACAUGAAGGAAGAUACUUUAAACUAUAACAGCGGAAACCGGGUUAACGAAUAUCGAAAUAAUAAUAGACAAAAAUACGAGGCUUGAAAACCUAAAGUUUUGAAAUUAUAUUAGGGGCAAUAGCUUACCUUAGCUGAAGGUUCAAAAUUGGUCCGACGUUUGUUGUUGUCAUCAUCGUCGAUCCUCAUCAUCUUUUUAUCAUCUUUUUAUAUUUUUAAUUCUAUCCUGAUCGACUGAGCAAAUUUCAACCAUAUAUUGUACAUGUUAAAAGCAUUAUAAUAUAAAGUGCUUUCAACUUUGGUAAAAUGAAGGAUUUGGCUCUCGUGAUAACGAAUAUUUAUAGGAAAAUUGCUUUAUCUAAGAAGAGUUUAAGUUUCUUAUACAAUGACCCAGGUAAUAUACGGCAUUCAUAGUGAUAAUAUGCAAAUAUGAUAUUGGAAUAAAUAAGGGUGAUUUUCUUCAAACUUUCUAUUGUUACAUUUUGUUAAUUACUAAUAUUUUGCGAUUUUCUUAAUAUCGGGUGAAUGAGAUUUGGAAAUAUCUUUUAAAAUUAUCCUUUAGCUAUUAUUCAUAUAAUACAUGGAAAAUUACAUGGCAAACGUCUUAAUACGUAGUAUUGUGUAGAUUUCAACUUUGUUCAAGCCUUUACUUUUGCACUAAUUCUAGUACUAGUAUUGGGGACCCAAAUUGUAGGGAUACAAAGUUCUUCACUGGAACACAAACACUGUAGGGAAACAUCUUCUAAAGAACCAAAAUACAAGAAACCCUUAUAUUAUAUUGCAUCAAUUUUAAAUUCCUGUAGUUAAAAUUUGUUCAAAGUGGGGAUUCUCGGAGAGGCCUCAUAUGGAUUACAAUGCUGCAAAUUAGAUGCGUGUGAUUUGGGUCGACAAUGCAGGAAAAUUGUUAGUUCUAGUAGCAUUGGGAUCGUAGUUUUAAACUCAUGAACAUACGAAUUUUAGCAUACAUGUUGAAAACAUGUUGUGACAUGACAUGGCCACAAUGGUAGUUAUAUCAGGUGAUAUAUAGGAAAAGAUGCCAAAACCCUUGAAAAUGUACUCGGGUCAGUGUUGUCGCCUAUAGGCCUUUUGUUUGGUAUAGUUUCAUAUAGUGUUUAGAUGAUAAGUUAAGUGUGGAAUAUUCAUAUCUGUAUUUCUAUGCAAAUCACCGUCUGAACACAAUUAUUUAUGGAAUUUAGUGUACUUAUGCAUAUCUUUUCAUGUUAUAUGUGUCGAAAAAAAUUCAGUUGAUUUGCAUUUUAUUUGUCAUUAAAUGUAAAUUUUCAUGAAAUUUCCUAGACAUAACAAUGAA